UAUAACAUAUGUGAAAUACUUUUCAUGUGCUAUCCAUAUAAUAUUUCUUUAUAUAUCUUAAGUUUCUAUAAAUUGUUAAGAGUCGUAUUUAAAAUGAAAAUUGAUCUAAAGUCCUUGCUACUAAAUUCCAUGGAGAGUAAAAAAACUUUAUAUUUUCGUAAGCGCGUUUAUUUUGGUAAAAAAUGUUUUUCUAUUGAGUACGAACUGAAUGGCAGAUACAUGAUUGUGAAGAGCAUGAAGUACAUUAUGAAUAAAUCGAAGUCACGGUUAACGUCUAAAAAUAAGCAGAUUUUAAUUAGGACUUGCAUUGGUUCACUUAAUGAAAGCAAUAUUGAAGUUGUGGCAGCGGAAACUCAAACAAUACAUGUGGAUUUGGUUUCUAAUGGCACACAAAUUCUUCACGGUGACUUAAAAUGCGAUAACCACCAGUCGCGAUAUAGUCAAACGGUUAUAGAUGUUGAAGCCCAUAGCGUCCAAGCUACUCAGUCCAUGACUUCAAAAGCUAACCAGACCAGUAAAGUGCAUCUUAGUACACAAAGCAUGCAAGCAGAGGUAGAAACCUUUAAUUCUAAAACACAAACUGAGGAUAUGGAACACAUCGACUACUUGAAAACUGAGAAAACAGAAAAUUUAAAAGCAAUAACAAAAAUUGGAAAUCUUGUGCUGAGUAACACCGCAUUGCUGACUAAAAGUUCGCAAUAUCUUGAAAAGAUAACAGAUUUAAUUAACUUGAACAAACGCUUUUCCAAAAAGGAAUCACAACUAUUGGAGGCAUGCAAAUUUUGGGAAAGGCGUAAUGUUUCCCUCAAAAGCAGAAAACGUAAGAAGAGACGGCCUAAAGUGUAUAUUGUCAAAGCAGCACCAAAGAAGGACUUCAAGCAAAAAGAGACACAAACCGUAUUCGAAAUUGAAUUGUCAAGCAAAGCAACACAAACCAUUGAUUUCUCAAAGAAGAAAAAAAACUUUUUUUUCUUUUAAUACAAUGUAGUAGUAUGUAGUAAAUUAUAUGUACUAAGAAAGAAAAAUUACAGUCUUAGCCGAAACUCUGUCUUAUGAUUAUUAAAUGACAAUCAAUAAAGCAAUCAUUACUACAUUAACCUCCAGUUCAA